AAGUACGUAAUUGCUUACAUCCACUUCAUUUGAAUUUUGGUAGAUUGUUGUCCUAUUGGCAAUCAUACCAUAUCUCCUUUUUUUAUAUGUAUAUUUCUGUCAACAUAUUGUGAGAUCACAUUUGAACGGCGAUCAUAGUGAGUGUCACAUCUGGUAUACGAUAAUUUUCUGGUUACAUUUACAAGUCAGAUUCAACGGAGAGAUUCAGUAUGGAUUUCAAUGUUCUCUUUUUUAAUUCGAUACCAGUAGUCAUUCAUCUCUUGGUGUUUUCAACAGACUCAGAUGCAAAUUGUAUAUUGCCACCAGAACUUAAGAAUAUGGAGUGGAUCUAUAAUUAUACCAGGCCAGAUGAUAAUCAACCGGUAACAACUACACUACGGUUUCAAAAUACAAUUCUAACAUCACCGUCAUCCAUAAACUUUAACGCCUUUGGAACGACCAUAGACGCAUGGACUUGCAUAUCUAACUUAACAUUAUCAAAUACAGAAUCCGUUGUUCUUUUUAAGAGCGAUAGUAGCUAUACAAGUGGACCUUUUAGUGGUAAUAGACGGUUAUAUCUUUGUAUGAAAUUCACAAAGGUCACAGACAACUUGUUUUACUUCUACUUAUUAUCGGAUGUGGAUAAUACUAUAGUUCCAAAUGAUAGGGUAUUCAAUCCACCUGCCAACAGUAUACCAGCUGAUACAGACCCAUUGUGUAGUACGUUUUGUCAAUAUUCAACAGAACCAAAAAUACGCACACUACAAAAGACAGGUACUAUCGAUGUUGUGCCAAUUGACGCAGCUUUGUGUACGCCUUGUGAAAGUCCAUGUGAAGAACAGGUAGUAACUUGUCCGGACCUUGCAGCAGUAAAUUUUACUACUAUAACAAACCAGACUGGUACAAACGACCAAGACACAAUAACUUACGCUUGUAUCACUGGUUAUGAAUUGACAUCUGGUAGCCUGACUCGUCAAUGUAUGAACGAUCAAACCUGGAGUGAAAGUGUUCCAGUCUGCGAGGUAGUAGCUUGUCCAGACCUUGCAGUAGUAAAUUUCACUUCAAUAACUACUCAGACUGGUACAAACUACCAAGACACAAUAACUUACGCUUGUAUCAAUGGCUAUGAAUUGACAUCUGGUAGCCAAACGCGUCAAUGUAUGGCUGAUCAAACCUGGAGUGGAAGUGUUCCAGUCUGCGAGAUAGUAGCUUGUCCAGGCCUUGCAGCAGUAAAUUUCGCUAAAAUAACUGCCCAGACUGGUACAAACUACAAAGACACAAUAACGUAUGCUUGUUUCACUGGCUAUGAACCACAAUAUGGUACUUUUCUUACUCGAACGUGUAAAGCUGAUGGAACCUGGAAUAACCAUCCUCCAUCUUGUAAGAAGACGCAUGGUCGUGGUUAUGGUUGUCACUGUUGUCGAAGUCAUACAAGUCAUCGAAGUCGUUGGAGUCCAAAAAAAUGAAGAUAAUUUCUCUUGAAUUCUGCGAGACUAUGGAAUAAUAUGUAUAUAGUAGUUGUGUAUCUGUUGAAGAUAAAAAAUAAUUUAUGAAUGUUAGCAAUACAUAUACAAAAUUUAAGUCAUAUAUUUUUCUUA